GUCGCUUUCCGCUUUCCUUUGCUGCUGACCAUAUAUCUACGGUAGCAAGACAAGACAAGGAAGUCGGCUGAUCCAUGGCGGCCUUCACGGUGCACACGAGCGCCGCCACCUCGCCCUACUCGCCGGCGGGCACGGCCAUCCUUCUCCGAAGCCGGAGUCGAGCCUACCCCACCGCCACCAUCCGCGUGUCGUGCUCGAAGACGGUGGUGAUCGGGGUGGCGGCGGACUCAGGGUGCGGGAAGACCACGUUCACGCGGCGCCUGGCGAGCGUGUUGGGCGGCGGGGCGGAGCCACCGAGGGCCGGCCGGAACCCGGGCUCCAACACGCUCGUCAGCGACACCACCACGGUGAUCUGCCUGGACGACUACCACUCGCUGGACAGGGUCGGGCGGAAGGCGAAGGGCGUCACGGCGCUGGAUCCGAGGUUCGUCGACUUCGACCUCAUGUACGAGCAGGUGAGGGCCAUCAAGGAGGGCCGCGCCGUCGAGAAACCCGUCUACAACCACGUCACCGGCCUCCUCGACCCGCCCGAGCUCAUCACCCCGCCGAACAUCCUCGUCAUCAAGGGGCUGCACCCAAUGUUCGACGAGCGCGUGAGGGACCUGCUAGAUUUCAGCAUCUACCUGGACAUCAGCAACGAGGUGAAGCUUGCAUGGAAAAUCCAGAGAGACAUGGGAGAGCGUGGUGGGCACAGCCUUGAGAGCAUCAAGGCCUCCAUCGAGGCAAGGAAGCCCGACUUCGAAGCUUACAUUGAGCCGCAGAAGCAGUACGCGGACGCCGUGAUCGAGGUCCUGCCGACGCAGCUGAUCCCGGGCGACGACGAGUGCAAGGUGGUGCGCGUGAAGCUGAUCAUGAAGGAAGGCGUGGAGCACUUCGCCCCCGUGCACCUCUUCGACGAAGGAUCCACCGUCUACUGGAUCCCCUGCGGCCGGAAGCUCUCCUGCUCCUACCCUGGCAUCAGGUUCGCCUACGGCUUCGACACCUACUUCGGACACGAGGUGUCGGUGGUGGAGAUGGACGGGCAGUUCGACAAGCUGGACGAGCUCAUCUACGUGGAGACCCACCUGAGCAACCUGUCAACCAAGUUCUACGGGGAGGUGACGCAGCAGAUGCUCAGGCACGCCGACGUCCCCGGCAGCAACAACGGCACGGGGCUCUUCCAGACCAUCGUCGGGCUCAAGAUCAGGGACCUCUACGAGCAGAUCGUCGCACGUCGCUGACCAUGACGGCCAACCCUAGCAAGGUCUCGUUUUUUUGUCCCAUACAAACAAUCAAACGCAGACCGAUACUUGAUCAAUACAUGUGCAGAGCCUAUUUCUGCUCCCACGGGCAACCAAACACAUCGAUUGUGUUCGUGCGCAUCAGCACGGGUGUAGAAUGGAUAGGCGUGUGUGUAGUUGUGUACAGGCUACACGCGUGUCCGGUCCGAUCUUUUUGACAGAUUCGUGCAAUGUCGCGUGAGUUGGUGUGGAUGUCGGUACGUGGGCAUUCUUCUUGCAAAUGUCCAGGUCACACUA